AUGGCUGCAAAUAAUGAUAAUAAAGUUAAGGGAAAAACUCCAGAAGAAAUAUUUGCCGGUUUCCAAAAUUUACGAAGCGAACAAAGGCAGUUGGCGAGUAAAAUAUCCGAACUCGAGAUGGACCUGAACGAACACAAGAUCGUCAUCGAAACGCUUAAAGCUGUAGAGAAGACACGUAAAUGUUUUCGCAUGAUAGGCGGUAUUCUCGUGGAGCGGACCGUGGGAGACGUACUCCCAGAGUUGGAGAACAAUCAGGAGCGACUGCCCAAAGCUAUCCAAGCACUCAACGAGCAGCUCACUCGCAAGGGACAAGAGAUAAAUGAAUAUAUCGAAACCUAUGACAUCAGAGUACAGCGCGGCGACAAGCCUCCAGAAUCCGAGCCCGAGCAACCCAUCAAAUCGAAUGUGCUGGUUUCGAGUGAA